CUUCAGGCACAGCAUCCGCCGUCCUACCCGGUCUCGGGCUGUUGCGAAGCACGUUGAGAGCACGGGUAGGCCCCGCGGGCCAGGUUUAAAAGACGUUCUUGGCCCGACAGCUUGGGGGGAUUGCGAAGACUUCUCGAGCUGCGCGCACUAGAGUCGAUUAAUUCACGAUGAAGAACUCGAACUUCCUCUUUGGAGCGAGCGUUGCACUGGCCGGUGGAGCGCUCGCCGGCGUCACGACGGAGCCCUCGCCCGUCAGCUCGCGCCCUCCCGAGAGCACGGUUGAGCCGCCGUUGUCCUCCAUCUAUGCCGCCCAGGCGACCGCGGUGCCGCAGUCGCCCGUUUCGAACGUGGCCGGCAAGGGGUUUGAUCGCAUCGUGCAGAUUUGGCUGGAGAACACAAACUUCGAUGCGUCUGCCGGUGACCCCAGCAUGUCAUGGCUCGCCAGCCAGGGCAUUCUGCUCACCAACUACUACGCGGUCACCCACCCCUCGGAGCCCAACUACGCGGCCGUCAUCAGCGGCGACACGUUCGGCAUGGACAACGACGACUUCAACUCGUUCCCGACCAACAUCUCGACCGUUGUCGACCUGCUCGACACCAAGGGCAUCUCGUGGGCGGCCUACCAGGAGUCGCUCCCGUACGCGGGCUUCCAGGGCUUCAACUUCUCGAACCAGGAGACCUUUGCCAACGACUACGUGCGCAAGCAUAACCCGCUGGUGCUGUUCGACAACAUCGCCCACAACGCGACCCGGGCCGCGCAGAUCAAGAGCUUCGUCAACCUGACCAGCGACCUGGCGGCCAAGAAGCUGCCGCAGUGGAGCUUCGUGACGCCCAACAUGACCAACGACGGCCACGACACCAACGUCACCUUCGCCGGCGCGUGGGCCCGCGCGUUCCUGGAACCGCUGCUCGCGGACGACUACUUCAUGAACAACACGCUGGUGGUGCUGUCGUUCGACGAGAACGAGGACUACGCCACGGGCAACCGCGUCUACACGGUGCUGCUGGGCGGCGCCGUCGACAAGGCGCUGCACGGCACGACCGACGACACCUUCUACAACCACUACAGCAUGAUCUCGACCGUGUCGGCCAACUGGGACCUGCCGUCGCUGGGGCGCUGGGACUGCGGCGCCAACGUGCUGGCGCUGGUGGCCAACAAGACGGGCUACCGCAACGCCGACGUGUCCCUGGGCGGCAUCACCUUCAACUCGUCCUACCCGGGCCCGCUCGCCGACAAGCACUUCACCCCGGGUUGGUGGCCGGCGCCCAACACCGAGGCCAAGUGUGCCGCCGGCAACGGCGUGCUGCCGUCGGUCGUCGACACGUGGGGCAAGCAGUCCGGCACCUUCAACUACACGAAUGUGUACCCGUACGAUGCCGUGUCGGGCAUUGCCACGGGCGGCACCCUCGUCGCGGGGGCCAAUGACCGAGAUGGGGGAAGUGGUAGUGGCAGUGGCAGUGGCGGCAGCAGCACCACAUCCUCGGCGCCGAGUUCAACCCCGACCCACAACGCCGCCUCGCUCAUCGCCCCGGGCGUUAUGGGGGCUGGAAUUGGUCUCCUUGGCUUUGUUGCUGCUCUUUUGUAGUGACACUGCUAGGCGUUCCGAUGGGUGUCAUGUAAUGUACCGUUAAAUGCAUUGCGAGGUAGUAAUCGCAUGGCGAAAUCUUAGUCUGGGUACUACCUAGUGAUGGUCAAUUUGCAAUACUCUGAACACAGAAUCUCAA